UGAGGGAAGGGGAGGCCGCUUUGUGCGCCUCGCAGAUGCGAAGUACACGGACAUUGGAGCAAAUAAACGCUCACUCACGUAGGACUAUAACUCUGUCACAAUUCUGCUGCCUUUUCCCCUUUGAGGAAACUAAGCAAGACCUGUGAAGAUUUACUACUAGAUUUCUUUCGUGUUGAUGGAAAGUUGAGAGGAAUAUUGCCUUGAACUAUUUAUACGCCAGGAAGCUGAAGGAGAAAGGUGCUUUUACCACAAAAUGAAACCAGAACUAAAGGAGCACAAUGGCUACAAACUCUAAACGCCUGGAAUAAAAUUUGUUUUGAUAGCAUUCCAUAAACUCUCAAGAAACUUUAAAAAGGAGCUAAAAGCCUAGUUUCUGGUUUGGACCAUAACAGAGAGGCUGCCAUCAUGCCUAUUCUUAAGCAGCUAGUGAACAACUCCAACCAGUCGAAGAGGAGGUCUCGGGCUGACCUGACGGUUGAAAUGAUCAGCGCUCCAUUGGGGGACUUCCGUCACACCAUGCACGUGGGUCGAGGCGGGGAUGCCUUCGGAGACACUUCGUUUCUCAGCACCCGAUCGGGGGAACCUCCAAGGGAGCCUCACACAAAGCAGGGCUCACCAGGUCCCAAACCGGGGCUGCUGUCCCGCACCUUCAGAAGCAGCAAGCGGUCCCAUUCUGUUAACCAAGGAGACAAGUACGAGUACAGUACAACACUGCCUUCUGCUGGCUCAUCUCAGUUUGUAAAAACCGCCACAUCCCUGCCUUACCUGAAUGAUGAAAGUUCAAGCAUAAGCAACCAACUGCAGAAAAGUGUCUCCUCCAGUCCCAUGAAGGCACUGGCAGAGAUGGAAAACAAGCCAAUGAAUGGAGGGGCAGCUAUGGCCACAAUGGACGCUGAGCUUGAUGAACGGAAUUUCGGUGAACUUAAAGACCUGCCUCCAGCCAUGCCUAAAGGAAGUGGGAUGAAACAUGCUGAAUCCAUAAUGUCCUUCCACAUCGACUUGGGCCCCUCAAUGCUCGGGGAUAUCCUAAGUGUGAUGGAGAAGAAAAGCUGGGAAGAGGAUGACCUUGGUUACGAGGAAGGCAAAGGUAGUGAUGACCAUACAUCACCAUCCCACAUUCCUCACAUUGAUGAUGACUACGCAGAGGAACAAGCACCUUCAAGACCACCACGUGAAUACCAGCUCCAGCAGAAGGCCGCAGCAGAUCCCUACAUUCCAGAGCUAAACAAUAGGAACAACCACCACAACAUGGAUAGCUGCUCCGUGUCCAGCUCUGGUUCAGAAAAACCUCAGUUCAACCUUCAUGAUGGUGACACAGACAGCGCAAAGUACAGUUCGCCACGUGGAGAGGAUGACUUUGCCUUCAUGGAUCAGGAGGAUGAUGAGAUUCGAGUUUAGAUCCUCCACAACGGAGAAACCGAAACUUUAAAGUCCAUCAUAGGAGGGGAAUACAGUCAGAGUCAAGUGAGGUUUUUACUCCCUGUAGAUCAGUCUAGCAUUAGAUCAGUUUCAUCAACACUAUAAAUAAAACCUAUUAAGUCUUUUUUCACCUUAUAAUAAGAAGACUGGCAAACUGCUUCAAAAAAUAUAUACUUUUUUGAAAUGUUUGGGUUGGUUGAGGCUAUUUUUACCAGAUUUUCACAAGUCUGAAAUGGUAAAGGUGAAGAAAAAUCAGCAGGGAAAAUCACCCAUUUUUUAAAGGAAGUAAAAGGUGGCAGCAGGAUUAAAGAACGGACAGUGUGGAUGUGUUGUUAGAUUCCUGUGGACGUGGAGGUAAAGAGCAAGAAAUGAAAUUGUGAUAGGUUUGUAAUCCCAGCGGUUUGGAGGUGUAGACACUACACGGAUAGAGUUAUUACUUUCGCUCAUGUCUGAGUUUGCUGUUCUUAAAUCGUUUUGUGAACGGACACGAUGUGGAAGUCAGUCAAGCAUAACCUCUUAUAUCUGGGGUGGGUUUAUUUUAUUUGCCUCUUUCCUAAGUUCCUCUGUUGGCUGUAAAAUAUUUUAACUGUUUUUGUAAGGGAUUAAUUAGUCGUAAUGUGAACUUUACAGUCUUAAAGGUUUUGAGGUAUUUGGUUGUGGUACUACUUUAUGGUACUAUAAUGUGAUCAAUCUCAAUGACGCCAAGUACUGAACUCGUGACAUCAGAUUUAGUAUGUUGCAUCACUGUAUGCUGAAAACAAAAAGCCUUUUUUUGCACGUCAGUUAUACUUAAUCAGCAUAAAGACAUCAUUAAGCCUCUUAUUUUGUUUUAAAUCUCACGACACUGAUGCGCAGCAAAAGUUCUGUGCAACUUUUGAUGCUUCUGUACAUUGUAGAGGUCUUUUUGUAUGUAUCUUCUUUUUUUUAUAUAAACAUGUAGGAAUGAUGGGAUAUUUUUUAGAAUACAUGAAUGUAUAAUUCAAUAUCAUUAAAGGACGUUGGUACAAUGGCUCUCAAAAGUCUACACACCCCUGUUAAAAUGGUAGGUUUUUGUGGUUUGGAUAAAUAAUUUCAAAACUCUUUCCGCAAAUAUUUUAUGGUCUCAUUAAAAUCUAACAUAAAGUUUUAGGCCAUAAUUCCAGAUGUUUGACAUAAAACAGAAACAAGCUGCACAUCAACGCAAGGACACCAUGCUCUCAGGUUUCUUUUCUUCAGAUGGAACUGGAAGGUAGAUUAAAUUAUGAAAGGCCAGUAAUUGCCCAAUACCUUAAAUUGACUGCUAGAAAGCUGAAGAUGAGGAGGGAUUACAUUUUUAACAUCACUGUGAGUCUAAGCAUGCAUCUAAAUCAGCAAAACAAUGGUUUUACCGGAAUAAAAGGUAAAGCUUUGGAAUGGCCUCGGCUGAGUCUAGAUCUGAGUCUCAUAGAAAGUCUGCAGGAUUACUUUAAGAGGGCUGUGGUCAAGUCUGAUGGAUUUGGAGAAAGUUUAAAAGACUGAGUUGGUUAAUAUUGUUCAGUCAAGAUGUAUGAUGCUGAUUAGAUUCCUACUAAAGACGACUAGCUGUUGAAACUGAAUCAAAAGCUGCUUCAACACAGUAUUAAUUUAAGUGUAUAGCCAUUUUUGGAAGACGUUUAUUGCAGCUUUUAUGAUUUGCUUGUUUUUCUCUGCACUAAAUGAUUUGUUUUGGCUUAUGUAGGAUAAAUGUCAUGUUAUAUGUGGAAAAAGAUUUUAAUUUAUCAUAGUGACAUUGUUUUAAAUCCAAAGACCUGGAAUUUUAACGGGGGGUGUAACACUUAGGAGGAGCAUAUUAGGUCAGUUGCUACAAUGAAUAUUUUUUGGGCUUUUUUGUGUUAAGAAUAGGAAAAGGGGAUGAAAAUGUAUGUACAUUGUUAAAGGACAGAUGGUUUACAGAAGGUCUUUGUACAUGUCAGAGCACUGAGAAUGGAACAAAUCUGCUGAGCUGACCCCACCCAAAAAGGUGAUAUUGACCUUCUCUCUACAAGUCAAAUCACACAGUAGGAAUUUAACCAACACAUUAUAUAAGCCGGUCCGUUUUUUUCAUUAAAUGUGUUCAAUUGCUUGCUGCCCUUACCAGCUGGAACACCUCUAGGAACAGACAGUUAGGCUUUUUCUUCAGCGUUUUAUGUCUGUUAGGGUCUGCUUUACACUACAGGCUCAGCUAUUAGUCAGAUUGGUGUACUUUACUACAUCUGAGAGAAAUGUGACGUUUUUAGUUAAUUUUGUGUUAGAAAACUAAUUGCCACCUUUAACAAACAGGUGUUCUGAAUUUUCUGGUGUGGAGCUGAUCCAGGUGUGUACGCAGAAUUCAAAUGCUGUGCCAUUGUGCCUCAAGUUGUUUCAAGAGUUGGAAAAAAUAGCUUCCAAAUGUAAAGUUAUGUGCAGGAAAUUGCCAAGCAUGUUGAAACUUGACUUCUUUAAGGUUUUUGGACUUGAUAAAGACACUAAAAAGGUUUGUCAGUGUCUCCUUUUAACAUUGUUUCAUCACUUCUUCUCCAAAAAACCUUUGAGAUAUACUGUAUGUCAGCCAAAUACAGACUUAUGUACCCCUUUAAUAUAAAGAUUGAUUACUGUAUAGUUUCUGUUAGAAGGUGGAUAUUAGAAACUACUUUCCACUUUAUUUUAUUGCUGUGGUCGUACUUUGCCAGCGAUUACAAAAGAUUUUGCCAGAAAAGUCGAAAAGAAUACAGCAGUAGUGUCUGAGACUGUUUAACGUAUGUUGUAGACGUUAAAAUAAUACAGCUGUUGAUUUGUUUUUCCCAACAUUUAGGGGAAAGUGACUCUUUUAAGCAAGAAAAUAUAACUGCUCUAUUUUCUAAAUUUAACUCAUGUUUGUCUGCAUAUUUAUCUUAAGGCAUAUCUCUAAACUAAUAACAUCUAUGUUAGGGUAUUAUCACAAAAAUGUACUGGGGUCAGGAUUUAAACUUUAUUGUUGACACAUAUUUGGAAACGUUUUUCUUCUCUUUCCAAAAACAUUUGAUUUUUCAUAUUUCUAUGUAUUUGAAACAAAUUGUAAGGUCUUUCUGAUGAUUAAAUGUUAAAAUAUAUGAUUUGUGAAAUGAAGGAAAGAACUCUGAUUCUUCAUGAGGAAAAUGAGAAACAGAGUUGAAAGAAACGCUCCUUAUCUGCAGUUUUUGCAGUCAAGUUUUGUAAUUAGAGCCAUUAAUAAUUCCAGAGAACAAUCUGUUAUCAGCUGUGUGACCGGCUGUUAUAAUGAUAGAGCCACAGGAAUGUUGGAGGCUUAAAUGCAAAAUGUAAAGUUUGUGGUCAGGGUUUGAACUAUUUACACCAUAUCAUUGGCAUAAACUGUUGGUGUUAGAGGUGAUUGCAGAAUUAUGAAAAAGUACACUAAAUUGCACUGAAAUGCUUCUUGUGUUUGUCUGCUUUUUGUUGUCUGUCUGAGGGGAAACUCCAAAGUAAACUAGAACAAAUGAUGUUAAAAAUGUGCAGAAACUGCCUGCCCAAGGUCUACAUAAGUUUUCCACUCCCUGAAAAGUGUUUGUUUUAAAGGGGGGAAAAGAUAGGAACUGCAAAAAGAAUCAAGUGGCUCAAAACACAUCUUAAGAAUGGUGUUUUUUCCUAUUCUGUGGCUGCAUUGUUAUGCCAAGUAUGUACUGUUAUAAUGAUUUUACUUCAUAUUAAUAUAUUCACCUCCCUAACUUUCUUUUCUUUGAAAUAACAGCUAUAUUUUUCAAUAAAAGCAGAAAGCUGGUAAUCUUCAUAAAAGGCCAA